AAAGAAAUCGCUUUUAUUUUGAAAUGUUAAACCUACAAACGGAUAUGACACAUCCGAUGACAGCUCUCGCUCUCUGAGACACCGGAAGCAGUCGUCGGUUUUGGUGACGCUGCAUUAGACUGCAAGACAUGGACCGGUCUGGACUGUUCCACGGGUUGUUCCUCCUCAGCCUGGCUAUUGCUGGAGCUCAGGCGCUCACACCGGCGCACUAUCUCUCCCUGUCUGAUGUGGCCCGACUGCAGAAUCUCCUGAGCCAACAGUUCACCGACUUGGAGUCCGCAUACUAUUCUGUUGUUGGUCUGACCAAGCUCGGAGCAACUGUUCCCGAUCACAAAGGAGUAUGCCAAUUCCUCAAAUCCCAGCUUGACCCCACCAGUGUUGACUCUCUUUUCUUUGCUGCCGAGACCAGUCAAGCCAUUUCUGGAUGUGAGGUUCCUGUGUCUAACGAAACCCGUGAUAUCCUCCUGGCAGCAGUUAGCGAAGAUUCAACCAUGACUCAGAUUUAUCGUGCUGUGGGUGCAAUCAGCUCUCUGGGGCUUCCUCUGGCUUCCCAGGAAGUUGUAGGUGCCCUAACAAGUCGCAUUAAUAAGGAGGACAAUGUCAUGGCUAUCACUUUAGCUCUGCAAACAGCAGCCCGUCUGUCCAAGCAGGCCGAACUUGGAGGAAUACUGGAGGAAAUUGAGGAUCUGACGGCCCGUUUGGAUGAUCUUGGUGGCCUCUACCUCCAGUUUGAAGAGGGACUUGAGGCUACUGCCAUUUUUGUGACUGCUGCUUAUUCCUUGUCAGAUCAUGUGGACAUGGAGCCCCCUCUGAAGGAGGACCAGGUCAUCCAGCUGGUGAACUCUAUCUUCAGCAAGAAGUCCUGGGACUCUCUGGCCGAGGCAUUCAGUGUGGCAAGUGCUGCCGCCGCUCUCUCCAACAACCGCUUCCAUGUGCCGGUCAUUGUCAGUGCUCAGGGCCCAGCCACAGUGUCCCACAGCCAGCCAACCCUGCAGCUUCUUGUUACUGAUGUCAUGUCUCAACCUCUGGCUUCAGCCAAUGUGCUCGUGGAAUCUGCAUAUGCUGUGGCCUCUAAGAGCAUCAUACUCAGCCAAGCACCUUUCACACUUAAUGAUGGCGUCUUUGAACUGAACUUCAUGUCCAGCCAGCCAGCCAGUGGAUAUUACCAGUUUACCAUCGCAGUGACUGGAGAUAGCCGGCUAGUUGCCAAUCAUGUUGAGCUUAAAGUGAAGGUGUCCACUGAGGUGGCUGUCACUAACAUGGACCUCUCUGUGGUGGAUAAGGACCAGAGCAUUGGCACAAAGACCAGCAGGGUGGACUAUCCUUCCAAAGCCAAGACCUCCUUCACGGCAGACAGCCACCAGAACUUUGACAUGUCCUUCCAGCUGGUUGACGUCAACACUGGAGUGGAGCUUACCCCACACCAGACUUUUGUCCGGCUGCACAAUCAGAAAACUGGCCAAGAGGUUGUGUUUGUGGCAGAACCCGACAGCAAGAAUCUGUACAAGUUUGAAUUGGACACAGCAAAGAGGAAGUCAGAGUUUGACUCCAUCUCUGGUACUUAUUCCCUCUACCUCAUCGUUGGGGACGCUACUUUGGAGAAUCCCAUCUUGUGGAAUGUGGCUGAUGUUGUUCUGAAGUUUGUGGAUGAGGAGGCCCCAGCUGCCAUUCAGCCCAAGAACCUUUAUGUACCCAAACCAGAGAUCCAGCACUUAUUCAGGGAGCCAGAGAAGAAGCCCCCCACAGUGGUUUCCAAUACCUUCACUGCACUCAUCCUGUCACCAUUCCUGCUUCUGCUCAUCCUGUGGUUUAAGCUCGGCGCCAACAUCUCCAACUUCAGCUUCUCUCCCAGCACCAUUCUGUUCCAUGUAGGACACGCAGCCAUGCUGGGCCUGAUGUACGUCUACUGGACCCACCUGAACAUGUUUCAGACUCUGAAGUACCUGGCAAUUAUCGGCGGUGUAACUUUCCUCGCCGGGAACCGCAUGCUCGCCCAGAAAGCAGUGAAGAGGAUUGCCGCAGAGCAGAGUAGUAGGUUGGCAAAGUAUAGAAGCCUUCGAUAAAGCCCCCAUUUGUAACCGAUGAGUCGGUCGUGCUUCCAGGCUGAAAACUGAGAAAAAAUAAGGACGAGAAAAUCAAAAGAGGACACUGACAAAGCUCAUUUUUUUGUUUCCCUUCAACAAUGCACCAAAUCAGACUUUAAACAUGGCGUGGCAGUUCAAGAAUCCAGUCAACAGUUUAAAGAUGCAGUUUGCAGUCUUUGUUGCCAAACGGAAGAAAUUGAGAUAUCACACAGCAUCUCUGAGGACAAACGCUCAGUGAGGGAUAAUCCUACUGAGGGCUGUAAAGCUACUGAUAAAUGCACUUCAUCUUCCUGUGAGAUUUGCUUUCUUAUUGUCCAACAUGCCAGUGUUUUCUAAGUGAGCUGGGAUUUUUAUUUGUGGUUUGCUGAUGGAUUUUUCAUUCAUUUGUGGGUUUUUUUUCUUUCUUUUGUACAUUCCUCUCUGUUGUCGAUCAGUGCCCUAAUCACCUCAAAGGAGAAGCUGUUAGUGAACACAUUUCAGCCGAUUAAGAAGAAAAACACUGGCAGUAGCACUGAUAUUUUGAUCAUCACUAACUGUGCCAGUGUGUUUGCCUGUUUGGGAAGCAGUUGUCUCCUAUUUGAUACUGAGUUAGCGUCCCCCAGAAAAUCUGUUAAUAAUGGAAUCUGUUCAAUUUGAGGAUAUGAUGUUUUUGUAAUUAAGGAGAGGAAAUAAAGAAUCUGAGGUGAA